AUGGCAUCCCAAGCGCCAGAGGAGAUCGGGCCGGGAUCCCCGCGAAAAAGAUCGGAAAGUGUUGCAGGCGCAGAGUCAUUGAGGAAGGAGCACAUCCGACCAGAGAUCAGGGACCGAGCACAGUCGGCAUCUCAGGAUGAGAUUCAACCACCCAGCACCGGCUUCGAAGCUGCCGACCGUGUCUUUCCCAUUCGAUCUUUCGUCUCGGUUGAUCCGAACCCUCGACCUAUAGGAUACCACGCGGCCACCGCGCAGGCGCGAGCCGCACGUUCACCAACGCGGGAAGGCGCUCGACAAUAUUCGUUCAUCGACGAACAUACAUGGAACCAAAUGCAGUCACAACCUCCCUCCACCACGGUACCGAGCGAACCGACCAUUCCCACCGAUAUCGAACGUCACGAAACACAUGAGGUUUCUGCUGACACCGAACUUGCAACACACUCCAUGGCAUCCCAGGUUAACCAGCACCCCGAAGUGUAUGCGAAGCCUGUCAGUGCGAGCCACUUCAGUGCCGGUUCGGCUGCCCACGAAAACGCUCCCACCCCGCCCAGCGACGGCCAGGGCCAUUACACUGCUCGCUUCAGACAUAUCUUGACGGAAAAUGGUCAUGCUGUUAUAACAGGACGGGAUGGGAAGUCGUUUCAAUAUUGUGAAGAUGAGCCUAUUCACAUCCCAGGUGCGAUUCAAACAUUUGGAGUCAUGCUUGCAUUACGAGAGGAAUCGCCCAAUCAACUUGUGGUACGCGUGGUGAGCGAAAAUUCGACUCAGCUCUUCGGUCAUUCACCCAAGCAAUUGUUCGAGUUGGAGAAUUUUUGCGAUAUUAUGCACGAAGACCAAGCAGAUAAUCUACUGGAUCACAUGGACUUCGUUCGUGAUGAUGCUUAUGAUCCGACAAUUGAUGGACCGGAGGUAUUUUCCUUAAAGAUUCGUACACCAUCAGGGGAGGACCGUCAAUUCUGGUGCGGUGUCCAUGUUUGUCAAACGCAAAAGGAUUUGCUCAUAUGCGAGUUUGAGCUGGAGGACGACGAUAUCAACCCAUUGAAUGUCGCGGGUACCGCCACCCCGGCAUCUCCAACUGACACCUUGGGUGUUAUCCCAACUGCGGAGCAAUUGGCUGGAAGCACCAUCAACAUUAGCCAGCCUCUGCGUGUCCUACGCAAUGCCCGUCGGAGAAAGGGCGAAGCAGCAUCGAUGGAAGUUUUUAGCAUCUUCACCCAAAUCCAGGAGCAGCUGGCUCGGGCAAAUGAUUUGGAUCAGUUGCUGAAUACAACUGCUGGGCUGGUGAAAGAAUUGACCGGCUUCCAUCGUGUUUUGAUCUAUCAAUUUGACAGCAGCUGGAACGGCAUGGUUGUUGCUGAAUUAGUUGACCCUAACGUCACAAUUGAUCUGUAUAAGGGCCUUCAUUUCCCCGCAUCCGACAUUCCUGCGCAAGCGAGAGAGCUAUACAAGAUCAACAAAGUGAGGUUAUUGUAUGAUCGUGAUCACGCCACCUCUCGUCUCGUUUGUCGCACUGUAGAAGACCUCGAAACUCCCCUCGACAUGACCCAUGCAUUUUUACGAGCAAUGUCGCCUAUUCACGUGAAGUAUUUGGCUCAUAUGAAGGUCCGAUCUUCAAUGUCUAUUAGCGUCAAUGCUUUUAACGACUUGUGGGGUUUAAUAUCUUGUCACAGCUACGGCACCGCGGGAAUGCGGGUGUCGUUCCCAAUUCGCAAAAUGUGUCGACUACUUGGCGAUUGUGUGUCACGGAACAUCGAGAGGCUUUCUUAUGCUUCACGCUUGCAAGCACGAAAGCUGAUCAAUACGGUUCCAACCGAGGCUAAUCCGUCCGGUUACAUCAUUGCCUCUACGGAUGAUCUACUUGCACUUUUCGAUGCAGACUAUGGUGUUUUAUCGAUUCGAGACGAGACUAAGAUCCUCGGUGACAAUACCCACUCUCAGGAACUUCUUGCGCUGCUGGAGUAUCUCCGCCUACGCCAACUGAGUUCUGUGCUUGCAUCGCACGAUAUAAGCAAAGAUUUUCCUGAUCUACAUUACGCGCCGGGAUUGAAGGCCAUUUCAGGACUUUUAUAUGUCCCACUAUCCACCGCUGGCAGUGACUUUAUUGUCUUUUUCCGCCGCGGCCAACUCACAGAGAUCAAAUGGGCCGGCAAUCCAUAUGAAAUUUCCAAGCGGAAAGAGACCGCUGGUUAUUUGGAACCGCGUCAAAGCUUCAAAGCAUGGCAGGAAACUGUACUCUCGCAGAGUCGCGAGUGGACAGAGACAGACGUUGAGACUGCUGCAGUCCUAUGCCUUGUGUAUGGAAAGUUCAUCAAGGUCUGGCGCCAGAAGGAGGCUGCUAUGCAAACUUCACAACUCACUCGACUGCUACUAGCGAACUCCGCGCAUGAAGUUCGCACACCUUUGAAUGCUAUCAUCAACUAUCUUGAGAUUGCCCUCGAGGGUGCACUCGAUGCAGAUACACGUGAAAGCCUGACCAAAUCCCAUUCUGCCUCGAAAUCCCUCGUCUAUGUCAUCAACGAUCUACUGGAUUUGACAAAUACAGAGAAAGGACAGGAUUUGAUCAAAGAUGAAAGUUUUGAUCUUGAAACUACGUUCAAAGAGGCCGCCGACAUGCUCUCAGGCCAGGCAAAGCGAAAGAACAUAUCUUAUAGCAUGACGGUUCACCCGGGUAUACCACACCUGGUGCUCGGAGAUCAGCGACGUGUCCGCCAAGUCUUGUCAAACGUGAUCUCGAAUGCAAUCCAACACACCGAAUCAGGUGCUGUUACCACGGAAAUGUGGCGGUCGGCGAAUCAGGCUGUUGAAGGCUCGGUUGCAGUAGAGGCUAUGGUUGUCGACACCGGGUGUGGGAUGUCAGAGAAAAAGCUAGAAUCUCUUUUCCACGAGCUCGAACAAAUUUCCACGGAUGAACCUUACUAUCCAGAAGAUGAGCCUGAACAACAGCAGUCCGACUCGCCUACAGAACCAAAGAAACGUGUUUUGGGUCUUGGCCUUGCCCUGACAGCGAGGAUUGUUCACAACAUGCAAGGGCAGCUUGGUGUCAGAUCAGAAGAAGGGAAGGGCAGCCGAUUCAAAAUUCUAUUGCAAUUCAAGCUACCAGAAGGUGCUCCACCUGAAAGCACUCCUCCCGCGGGUCCUGUUGUUCCCCCAACUCCCAUGUUGUCAGACAAGGAGUUCACGCUCAUCGGUGGAGCACACGAGGGUCGCGAUCGUCGCGAUAACGAUUCAAGAAGAAGAAGCACAGAAAGUCUCAAUAGCGGAACCAGUACUCGCAGCGGCAAAAGUCAGGCUGACCGUCUCAUUAGCGCCAUGCAAGAACCAGCUAUGGCAAGGAGAAGCCCUAGUCACGGCUCAGACUCUAACAGGCCUGAUUCUCGACAGCUCAAAGUUGGCAGUCCCCUUAGCACAAGCAGUCAUGAUCUAUCUAUCAAGUCGCCAGUGCCGACAAAAAGCCCCAAACGAUCAAGUAUGACAGAGCUCCGAUCGGGUCUUCUCUCUGCCUCGCAUACGCCGCCGACUAUGUUGCACCCGCUAGUAACACCUCCUCUGCCGGGCAUGGCAAACAUCACGGACUCGGGAGUACCGAUGAGUGCUUUGCGAAUGUCGCAGCAAUCUGCAAACAUGGUUUCCCCCCACUUGCAGAGAGUUGAUGGCAAUUCUUAUUUCCCUCGCGUCAAAACAAUCACGGAAACCUCACAGCGCUCAACUGAUGCCACCACCGGGACUUUGUCAGCAAAUAUCUCACCAGAAUAUGAGCUGCUCCACGUGCUAGUUGCAGAGGAUGAUCCCGUCAAUAGCAAGAUCAUAUCAAAGCGAUUGAAUAAACUUGGUCAUACUGUGCACCUCACUAGCAACGGUGAAGCUUGUGCGAUUGCUUUUGGCUCAACAGAAACGCCCUUUGACGUGGUUUUGAUGGAUAUUCAGAUGCCGAUCGUAGAUGGUAUCGAAGCUACAAAGAUGAUUCGCAACUACGAAAGCAAGACUCCCAAGAGUGCGCUAUCUGAAAAAGCCAGCAAAGGCAACAACCGUGCUCCGAUCUUUGCAGUAUCUGCAUCCUUGCUAGAGAAAGAAAAGGACAAAUACACAGAUGCUGGAUUCGAUGGUUGGGUCAUGAAGCCAAUCAACUUUGCUCGGCUGAACAUCCUUUUCAGCGGUCUUGGUGACCCUCAGGCCCGCCAAGACGCCACCUACAAGCCUGGCGAAUGGGAAAAUGGCGGAUGGUUCGAGAGCCAGUAG